CCUUCUUGUGCAAUCUUCUUCCAUCAAUGCUGCGUGACAAAGGACCAUCCCUCCUCCUAGCCCUGCUGCUGCCGUUGCUGGCAGUCGCAGCACCAUCUGCCAAGCCGCCGAGCCACGUUUCCAAACGUUUUCUUCACAUCACUGAUAUCCACUACGACCCAUUUUAUGUCCCGCACAGUGACCCAAGCACCCAAUGCCAUCGUGCCCCGGCGUCACAGUUUUCAAGCGAUACUUCCAGCGCUCCUUCAGUCAGUCACUAUGGUGCCUUGGGGACAACCUGCGAUAGUCCGUUACCUCUUGUUGAAGACACGUUCACAUCCAUCAAGCGGGAAGUCCUCGCUAACCAAGAUAUAGAUUUUGUGUUUUGGACAGGGGACUCUAGUAGACAUGAUCGAGAUAAAUCUUUUCCUCGCGAUGCAUCGGAAGUCGUUUCACAAAAUUUGGAGAUCGUGUAUUACCUCCAACGCACAUUUGAUCUCUCCCGAACCAUCAUUAUCCCCUCUAUUGGUAAUUGGGAUGUAUGGCCUUCCAAUGCUCUGGAUCCCGGGCCAAAUGUUGGACUCCAGCGAUUAUACAAGACUUGGCAGCCGGUUUUAGACGAAGGCGCCAGCCCUGAUGACAACAUCCGUACAACAUUUGAGGAAGGUGGCUGGUUCAAACGUACUCUCGUGAAAGGUCAAGUUAUUGGCCUUAGUUUGAAUACUCUGUACUGGUAUGAGGACAACCCGAGUGUAUCAGACUGCUCGGUCUUCGAGCGGGGCAAGGCUCCGUCGACAUCACUUCAUCCGGGGGAUGUCCAAUUUACUUGGCUGGAAGCACAGCUCAAAGCUGCCCGCGUUGGUAAUGAAAGAGUAUUUCUCCUUGGCCAUGUACCUCCAGCCGACUACAGCAAUUCACCUUUAUACCGACGAAACUGUUAUAAAUGGUACCUUCAUCUCACGGGAGAGUAUUCGGAUGUCAUUCUUGGGGCAUACUACGGCCACGUCAAUAAGGACGUUGUGAGUGUGCUUGUGCGCGCCGCGCAUGGUACGGUGAAUGAGAUCAACGAGACGCCGUACAGUCUUCAUGCCGUGACAGCAAAGACGUUGAAGAGGUUGAAAAUGGACAAGCUCAAAGUUGUUGGGACCGUAAGGACUUCUUCCUCCAUCGUUCCUGUGCACAAUCCUGGAUUCCGGACAGGGAUAGUAGACAUCGGACGCACCGCAAUUAUUUCUGAAGAAGUGCUGUGGUAUGCGGAUCUUGUUCGGGCUAACGAAAAGCAUGCCAAGGACCCAGGAACCGAUACACUACAAUACCGCAGCGCAUGCAAAACCAGAUCCAACUUUAAAAUGCAUAACCUUACAGCAGAGGGGUAUACCGAUUGGAUACGCCGCAUGCAGGUUGAGGAGGGUAUCCUUCCAGACAUAUCGAAGAAACCGAAGAAAGACCGCCGGCACAUGCUGGAGUUGUACACACUCUGCAUGGACUCUAAUGAAAAGCUCCCGAGGGAGGAGGAGGAUGAUUCUUCCCACUUGACACUGUCGCCUACUGCUGUACGAGCGAUUUUAUUGACCGCCACGAUCACCUUUUUGGGUGGUUUGGGAGGUUUUUUCUUUUACGUUCGCCGACUGGAGGAGCGCGGCACCGUAUGGGAACGACAACGCCUAUUGUUCACGGAAGUAGAGCCGGAAAGCGUCCGGCGGGCUCAAAGAGCAGCGUUACGAGUGAGGGAGAGGGGAGUGGAUGUUCAUGGCGUGACCAUUUAACUGUAUUUUCCGUAUCCACCACAUCAAUGUUCAUGACCCUUUGGAAUUAUCUAAAUCAUAUUUUGGCCCAUGCGGAUAUCGCCAUGAUUGGCGUAUUCUGCAAGAGGAACCUUUCAGAAUAGUUUGAGAAUAGCCACAUGUUUUCUUGAGUUCACAGCCAUGCGUUCUUAUCAUGGCCAAUCAGAACGUUGUGUUUUCUGUUUGCC